CUAGAUUUCAGAAAGAAGAAGCUAGAUAAAAUCCGUAGGAAGAAAGAGGAGAAAAAAGCAGCAUUGCUGGAGAAAGACUUUCUCAAAGACUCAGUGAAGUUUGGUGAGGUUGCUGAACAGCCCCCAACAAUUACAGCAAAACCUAGGAAGAGUGUUGUCAAAGACAUGGCUGGCAAGAAGCAGCUUCUGCUGACAUCUCUCUUGGGCUCCGGUGGGACACCCUCCACUCCAAAAGUGUUCCACACAUCCCUUGCUCGCCAGAGGAUCGUGCAGGAGGAAAGAGAAAGGGUUGUCCAAGCUUACCGGGACAUAAAGAAACGCAAGCAGCAGCAAAUGGCCGAAAACCAGCUUGCUAUUGACAAACUAAAGAAGCCCGUCUGAGAUGUCGGAAUGCUUCCACUGUGCCAGAAAACGGGAAGAAACAUUUUAAUUCAAGGACAGAGCAGCAGCCAAGAUGGCGGUAUAUUUAAACGGUCCUCUUUUUGGAUGACUGCAUCAAGCCAUCUGGACCAGCAGAUUGACUGGUGUUGUAUGCAUUGGGCAAUAUGGCAGUUGUCUGCUACUUCCAGUAG